GCCGGAAUCAACCAGGAGUUUUCUUGAAGUACUGUAAGUGCAUUUUGUUAGAGUAGAGAGGCACAGUCGGGAGACAGUAUAUUUCAUUGUUUGUUUGUGGUGGUAACUGAUGAAGCCGUAGCAAUAUCGUUUUAAGUCCCCGUACUGAUCAAACAAAAUUUUUUAGAGGACAACGUACAAAUUGAUCUCGGAUUUCUGAGCUGCGCUGAAAUAUUUAAUUCGAGACCCACUUCAUGUAAACCAUCUUGCUCAGGUUAAUUAUUAACAGAUACCUGUAGAUGUUCCGCGGUGACGGUAAAUUCCACCACGCUUUAGUCUCGCAGACAGCAUAGUCUUUGCCUUCGUUCCCGGUUUCAUCUGAGUCGAGAGGUUCUUCGGUUGCACAUUUCGCUGAACAGUAAACCUCUCGAUGUGCCAAUCAGAAAAAUUAUUUAUUCAUUAGUAUUUUUCAGUCUUAAGUUUGUUAUUAUGAAUAAGGAAAAUUAAUCAUUUCAUGGUGAGGUUUAGUUACCAUUCAAAUCGAGUUGUGGAGUUGAAUGUGGAUGGUACUUAUUACGCACGGUUCAAACAAGGGCACCCAACGACGGUUUCCUCCUAAACACAUUGAAAUGUCUUUCUACGCUAUAAAGAGUACUUUAGAUCUCUAGAAAUACAUUUUAAAGCGGCGCUAUAGAAUUUGUAUUUGUUCGGUCGCCCUAGGGCAACUUGAGUAUUUUAGAAAUUAAAAAAGCGCCAGUAUUAUCUUCUCGGAAAUUUUAGAUGCAAGUUAAAGUUUUACGAAUCCAAAAUAUAGCCUAACCUGGGGAGUCAAAUGCAAAAAAUCAAAUUUUAGAAAAUCGUAGGGAAUUUAUAGGUAAGCUUCGAAAAUUGUACAUGAAUGGAGCGGUCAUCUAGAAAUUUUUAGCCUUUCUCAAGCUAUAGAAAAUUCUAGCCAGUUUUUGCUUCCCCGAAUAGGUAUUUUACAGAAAACUGUCGUUGGGUGCCCCUUUUCAAACGUCUGUCUAUUUGUACCGAACUCAACAGAGUUACAGCUCGCCUCAAACGUCAAACGUCAAUUAGUCACACUAGACCAAAACAUAAUUAUCACACAGUUGUGCAUUGCCUUCUGCACAAGUGAAUUCGAAGCACAACGUCUGACUCAAGGUCAUGCCAACUUAUACAUUAAGCAUAAUUUUAAGCAUGUUAGUGCUUGCCGAGCCCUAUUUACCUGGCCCGAAAGUUUGAUUCCGAUGUUGUAAUUCGGCAUAACGAUAGCACAACGCUUGAACAGGGCCUCACCUACAUGGGUGCACAUCGUCAGUAACCAGUAGAAGAUGACUAUAAAAAAGUCUCCCGAACCAUGACCGAAAAUAAACUUUUAACAGUCUGGACUUUGGCAAAUCAUAUCAAAGAUUUUAAACAAUCAACAAAUAAUUUAGGGGAAAAAUUCAAGUCAGAGUUCAGUUUCGCCGACGGAAAAUCGUAAUCUAAUUAGGGCUAACCAACUUCAACAGAGCUUGACAUUCAGCAUAAUUGUACAACGACGUGUAGAAAGGCUUGUUUUCCAUUUUUUUCAGCGUGUUCAAUCGUCCAUGGCGACGGGGGUAGCAGGUUGCUCCGUACCAGCUGUAUCAACAGGACCCCUCACCACACCAGAGUAUAGAAACUGGCUUGCUCUAGGCCAUGCGUUGACAACAGUCCUCUGCAAGGGUCUUCGUCCAUUUGUUAAUAGAGAGACGGAAGCUUUCUAUAGGAAUGUGACAGCGACAGUUGCGGCAAUACCUGGAGCGAGACCCUGUACUUGCGUUUACGUCGCGAGAAGGAAGCCCAACCAGUACCACGACAUGACUACUUGUGUCUGGGCUAAUAUCCUUGAGGCUCACCACCAUUCACACAAGCCAAACUGGAAACAAAGUGAUCCCACCAAAUGGAUGGAUCCGAACUUGGGUCCCUGGGAGAUAGCCAAGCUCUUCCUCCCAGAUUUAGGCGGACAUGCAAUGAUAACCAGUGCGCACGAUAUGGAUGUGGCCGCUAUCUUGAACCUAAUGUUUUGGUGUGAUCAGUUUACCAUUCCUCAGCCCUUAGUUAAGGACGUCCGUGAAACUCGAAAUGAAAAAUGGGUGCACGUACCAAAACUUGAAUUAUCCAACGCUGACAAGGCAAACGCUUUUGUCAGCAUUGAAAAAUUGCUGCAAGAUCCUCAGUUAGCUGGAGAUCCGGACGCCCAGAAAGCUCUUAAGGAAAUUGUCAAUCUUAAAAGCGUUACAGACUUGCAUAGUAUGGAGCCUCAAGUUUUGGCUUACUUUAAGGAAGUCAUAAAUAACCUGGUGAGGGAAUCCAGCAAUAACAAGGCGACAUUGGAAAGGGCUGUGGAACUCCUGGAGCAAAGAAACGUAUUUCUCUCCUAUUCAUAUACAGUGUUGAAUUUUUUUCUCUCUCAAAUUGGAAAGCUUGGAAGGGGUGCAAAGGGUCACCGAAAAGAGGUUGUUUUGCUGAUGAUGAUG